GGCGGGGCUCGCAGGACCAGGGGCGGUAACCGGAGCCAGGCGGAGACACCGGGGACGAAACAACAGCUCGGGAAAGAAGCAGGACUGCCGGGACGUACUUAAUCGUGAAGGGACUCGACCACACGACUGACGUUCGACCAGAUGCCUUCCUCUGCCUCACCAGAUCAGGGAGAGGACCUGGAGGCCUGUGUGUUAAGAUUUUCUGACCUGGAUUUGAAAGAGACAAGUCUUAGUAGUCCCAACAGCAAUCUCAAAGCAGAGCUGGAUGGCAGUACCAAAAAGAAAUACCCGUUUGCAAAGAAAAAGGCUUUCGCCCUUUUUGUCAAAACCAAAGAAAUUUCGACACCUUUUGAAGGUAAAGAAAAAUGGUGGAAAUGCUGUCAACAGCUGUUCACAGACCGGAGUAGCAUCCACAGACAUGUGGCCACACAGCAUGCUGAUGAAGUAUACCAGGAGCUUGUGUCUGUUUUAAGGCAGCUGGCUGUGACCCUGAGCGCCUCAAAUAGCCUUAUAUCUGCUGGCCAAAAGAACCCUGAACAAGAGUACCUUGCUCACAGCCAUGAUGUGUCCGCCUGGCUCCCUGAUACAAGCUGUGUCAGCACUGAUGAGCUGAUCAGCGGCCAUGGCAGUGAUGAAGGGGAGGUGCUGCUCUACUACUGCUACUGUGACCUGGAGGAUCCCCACUGGGUCUGUGCCUGGCAGACAGCCCUGUGUCGGCAACUGCACCUCACGGGCAAGGUUCGAAUCGCUACAGAGGGGAUCAAUGGGACAGUUGGUGGAAGCAAACUGGCCACCAGAAUGUAUGUGGAAGUCAUGCUUUCCUGCCCUUUAUUUAAGGAUUAUUUGUGUGAAGAUGAUUUUAAGACCAGCAAAGGAGGAGCUCACUGUUUCCCAGAGCUACGCGUUGGUGUAUUUCAAGAGAUUGUGCCCAUGGGGAUCAGCCCAAAUAAGACCUCCUACAAACAGCCCGGAAUCCAUUUAUCUCCAAAAGAAUUUCAUAAAGAAGUACAAACGUUUUUAUCUCAGGCAAAUCAAGGACAAAGUGAUACCAUUCUACUAGAUUGCAGAAACUUCUAUGAAAGCAAAAUAGGACGGUUCCAGGGCUGUUUAGCCCCAGACAUCAGGAAAUUCAGCUAUUUCCCAGACUAUGUCGACAAAAACCUAGACCUUUUCAGGGAGAAGAAGGUGCUGAUGUACUGCACUGGGGGCAUCCGUUGUGAACGGGGUUCAGCUUACCUCAGAGCUAAGGGAGUGUGCAAGGAGGUGUUCCAGCUCAAGGGUGGCAUCCACAAGUAUCUGGAAGAGUUUCCUGAGGGUUUCUACAAAGGGAAGUUGUUUGUUUUUGAUGAACGUUAUGCCCUGUGCUACAACAGUGACGUCGUGUCAGAAUGUUCAUACUGUCGAGCCCCGUGGGACCAGUAUAAACUCUGCUCCACCCCACAGUGUCGCCAGCUUGUCUUGACCUGCCCUGCCUGUCAAGGACAAGGAUUCACAGCCUGCUGUGUCACGUGUCAAGACAAAGGGGACAGGAAGGCUCCAGACUGUGCCCAGCACAACUUUAAGGAGGAAUGUGAGUGCACAGCCCAGCGGCCACGCAUACCAAGGGAGGUCAUGGCAUGCAUGUCUCCUGGUGGGCCAUGCUCAUAAGAACGGCCCCCUGGGCCCUUUCCCAGGCCUUCACAAAGUGGGGUUGGAGCAGCUCACCACACAUAGGGGAACGUCAGGCUACAGAAGCAGACAAGUCAGCAACUUCAUUGCAGGCUUACUGGUUACCUUAUUGACUACCCACACUUCAGAGGGUGGAGGGAGGGAGUUGGGUGCUGAGUGCUUAUUUAUCUGGAUUCAUACCAUGCUAGAGCACAGAGAAAGGUGAGCCAUAUGAGAAUCGUGGAGCUGCUGGGGUGGCAGAAUGAGGAAGCUGUGGCUUUAGGACUGAUUCCUAAACCAGGUCACUCGGGUCGCCUGCUGUCUACCCUGCCCACACCCCCAGCCUUCUUUUCUCUACCAGCCUUAGAAAAUUUGCAAACUGGCAUUUGGCCAUUUGGCCCAUCUCCUAUUUUUAUAAAUAAAGUUUGUUGUAACAGCCUCA